AUGCCUCCCUUGGGAACAGCAAGCAAGGCAUCUGGGAAGGAGCCAAGCUGGACCAGAAUACAGAUAAAUGGCAGGUGGUUCCCGCAGGAAGGGGCGGGAGAAAAGGUGCGAAAGCGACAUGGGAGCGCAGGUGAUGUCCAAGCAUUGCCCAUUUUUAAGCAAGAAGAGUCAAGUUUGCCUCCAGAUAAUGAGAAUAAAAUCCUCCCUUUUCAAUAUGUGCUUUGUGCUGCCACCUCUCCAGCAGUGAAACUCCAUGAUGAAACCCUGACACAUCUCAAUCAAGGCCAGUCUUAUGAAAUCCGAAUACUAGACAACAGGAAACUUGGAGAACUACCAGAAAUUAAUGGCAAGUUGGUGAAGAGUGUAUUCCGUGUCGUGUUCCAUGACAGACGGCUCCAAUACACUGAACAUCAGCAGCUGGAGGGCUGGAGGUGGAACCCACCUGGAGAUAGAAUUCUUGACGUAGAUAUCCCAAUGUCUGUGGGUAUAAUCGAUCCUAGGGCUAAUCCAAACCAACUAAAUACAGUGGAGUUCCUGUGGGACCCUGCAAAGAGGACAUCUGUGUUUAUUCAAGUGCAUUGUAUUAGCACAGAGUUCACUAUGCAGAAACAUGGUGGAGAGAAGGGAGUGCCAUUUCGAGUACAAACCGAUACCUUCAAGGAGAAUGAGAACGGGGAAUAUACUGAGCACUUACACUCAGCCAGCUGCCAGAUCAAAGUCUUCAAGCCCAAAGGUGCAGACAGAAAACAAAAAACAGACAGGGAGAAAAUGGAGAAACGAACGCCUCAUGAGAAGGAGAAAUAGCAACCUUCCCAUGAGACAACUAUACUCACAGAGUGUUCUCCACGGCCCGAGAUCACGUAUGUCAAUAAUUCCCCAUCACCUGGCUUCAGCAGUUCCCAUAGCAGUCUUUCUCUUGGGGAAGGAAAUGGUUCACCAAGUCACCAGCCAGAGCUGCCCCCUCCAGUCACAGAUAACCUCUUGCCGACAACCACACCUCAGGAGGCUCAGCAGUGGUUGCAUGGAAACCGUUUUUCCACAUUCACGAGGCUUUUUACAAACGUCUCAGGGGCAGAUUUAUUGAAACUAACUAGAGACGAUGUGAUUCAAAUCUGUGGCCCUGCAGAUGGAAUCAGACUUUUUAAUGCAUUAAAAGGCCGGAUGGUGCGCCCAAGGCUAACCAUUUAUGUUUGUCAGGAAUCCUUGCGGCUGAGGGGGCAGCGGCAACAGCAGCAGAAGCAUAAAGAUGGAGACUCAAAUGGUACUUUCUUCGUUUACCAUGCCAUCUACCUAGAAGAACUGACAGCUGUUGAACUGACAGAAAAAAUGGCUCAGCUUUUCAGCAUUUCCCCUUGCCAUAUCAGCCAGGUCCACAAGCAGGGGCCCACAGGAAUCCAUGUGCUCUUUAGUGAUGAGAUGAUACAGAGCUUUCAGGAAGAAGCCUGUUUUAUUCUGGACACAAUGAAAGAAACCAAUGAUCGCUAUCCUAUCGUACUGAAGUAG